AGCUCUUUGGGGAAAUGCCCAACAAUCAAUCAUUAACCGGUCCGACUCUGAACUGGGCUCGUUGCUCUGCUCUUGCUGUUGCGACUCAGCUCUUGACAAAAUGUGCCUGAGACAUCUCGGAUUUGCUCUCCUGCUUUGGUUUCGAGGAGGGCUGCAAGCACGAAGUGCCGAAAAGCGGUGCGAUGCUCCCCCUCUGACCAAUGGUUAUUUUGUCCUUGAACAAAACACGGACGCUCAUGGGACCCACCUCACUUACGCCUGUGAAAGAGGAUAUAAACCAGCAGUGGAGGGCUGGUGGGCAACAAGCACAUGCCAAAGUGGCACAUGGUCUCCUAAACCGCAGUGUAUAAACCAAACGGCCUGCACUCCACCAGCGAUCCCCAAUGCAAAAUACACUGAAAACCCAGAUGGUUGGUACGAGGAGGGAGACAAAAUCAGGAUAACGUGUGAAGAAAGUUAUGAGCUCAAAGAACGGCACGCCACCGCCUUAUGUAGGGGUGGAACGUGGAUCUCUGUGCCGGUCUGUGAGAGAAGUGCCGAUGCAUGUGGUGCGCCCCCGAAAGUGCCGCACGCCGUCAUCGUCGAUCAUGGAUUCAAGGAGCUGUUUGCUGAAGAUACAGAGCUGCAGUAUGAAUGUGAAGACGGAUAUACUGCAGAGGGAGCAGGCAACGACAAAACCAUCGUGUGCAUAAAAGGAGCCUGGACUGAAGGCCCGACGUGCAGCAGAGUACGUGAUGGUUCUUCAGGAAGGGGAACAGGUGGAGGAGACACUACAUCUGCUGGCAGUGGGACGCCGCCUGCAGGUGGAGGAUCUUCUAGCAGCUCCGGAUCGAAUAAGGGGGACACUGAACGUCACUUUACUUCAGUCAACAUAUGUGGGGACCCCCCCAAGAUUCCAAAGGCUGUGGUUGCGCGAACCCUCAGGAGGUCUGUGAAGUACAGCUGCCAACAAUAUUACAAACGACUCGGUCCAGAGUCUGUGAGGUGUUACAGCGAUGGCACAUGGUCAGAACUACCCAGCUGUGAAGCUUCCUACUGCGUCGUGAACACUCUUGAAUAUCCUGACUUAAAACCCGCCGGAGAGAUUUCUCUAGAGGAUGGUAACACUGUCAGACUGGAAUGUGUGGAUCGAGCAGAAUGGUGGUUUAAUAACUAUUCUGAUGGCGAGUGCGAUAACGGAAUAAUUCAUCUUUCCAGGUGUUGUUCUAAAGCUCAACUAGCUUUUAAUACUUGCGACGGCUUUCUCACCAAGAGGAAUCAUCGGCUGCCUUUGGAUUAGCUCAUCCUCGACACCCUCUACAUUAUAUAGAAGUAAACAGUUUGUCCUUCUGUUGCUCGAAACUACAAAACUAACUCAGCAGUUAAAUAUGGUGGACUGGAGCGAAUAAAGUCUUCAACUGGAAUUCUCCUUCUACUUUAUUGUGUCUGCAGAAGUUCUGUUUUAAUUGUCUUUACAUGCCUCCUGUUCACCUUCUGGUCACAAAUGACUGAAGGCUCUCCCAGGUCCCGCAGAGGUCACCAGUAUGUCGCAGGGCUAAUAACUCACUAAUGUGUAACUCAUUGUUUUCAAAUCAGAUUUUAUUCUUAAUUUCUGCAAGUGACCAUGUUUAAAGUGUAAGUGUCCAACAAUGAAUUCUGACCUGUCACAAAGCUCCACCAGCAAAAGCAGGAGGCAUCCAGGAGGCAACAGGUACGUUACCACCUGAUGUCUUCACCAUGCCAUGUUUUUGCCUAGUUUAACCACUCCUUCAUCAUUAAACAACUGGUUAUUAUCCAA